UGGGUCGGCGGGUCGGUCGGGCGGCCGGAGGGGCGCGGAGCGGCGGCAAGAUGGCGGACCUGGAGGCGGUGCUGGCCGACGUGAGCUACCUGAUGGCCAUGGAGAAGAGCAAGGCCACCCCCGCCGCCCGCGCCAGCAAGAAGAUCCUCCUGCCCGAGCCCAGCAUCCGCAGCGUCAUGCAGAGGUACCUGCAGGACCGGGGAGAGAUCACGUUUGAGAAGAUCUUCUCGCAGAAGCUAGGCUACCUGUUGUUCAAGGAUUUCUGCCUUGCCCUCGGGGAUGAGGCCAAGCCUCAGGUGGAGUUCUACGAGGAGAUCAAGAAGUACGAGAAACUGGACUCGGAGGAAGAGCGCGGCACCAAGAGCAAGGAGAUCUUCGAUCUCUACAUUAUGAAGGAGCUGCUGGCCUGCUCCCACACCUUCUCCAAGAGCGCAACCGAGCACGUGCAGAGCCACCUCCUGAAGCGUCAAGUGCCGCCCGAUCUGUUCCAGCCGUACAUCGAGGAGAUCUGCCAGAGCCUGCGGGGGGGCGUGUUCCAGCGGUUCAUUGAGAGCGAGAAGUUCACCCGGUUCUGCCAGUGGAAGAACGUCGAGCUGAACAUCCACCUGACCAUGAACGACUUCAGCGUCCACCGCAUCAUCGGCCGCGGCGGCUUCGGCGAGGUGUACGGCUGCCGCAAAGCUGACACGGGAAAGAUGUAUGCCAUGAAGUGUCUGGACAAGAAACGCAUCAAGAUGAAGCAGGGAGAGACGCUGGCCUUGAACGAGCGCAUCAUGUUGUCCCUUGUCAGCACUGGGGAUUGCCCCUUCAUCGUCUGCAUGUCCUACGCCUUCCAAACGCCCGACAAGCUCAGCUUCAUCCUGGACCUCAUGAACGGGGGAGACCUGCACUAUCACCUGUCCCAGCACGGCGUCUUCUCCGAGUCCGACAUGCGUUUCUACGCCGCCGAGAUCAUCCUGGGUCUGGAGCACAUGCACAACCGCUUCGUCGUCUACCGGGACCUAAAGCCGGCCAACAUCCUGCUGGACGAGUUCGGCCACGUGCGCAUCUCGGACCUGGGUCUCGCCUGUGACUUCUCCAAGAAGAAGCCUCAUGCCAGCGUGGGCACCCACGGGUACAUGGCUCCGGAGGUGCUGCAGAAGGGGGUGGCGUACGACAGCAGCGCGGACUGGUUCUCCCUGGGCUGCAUGCUCUUCAAGCUGCUACGGGGGCACAGCCCCUUCCGGCAGCACAAGACCAAGGACAAGCACGAGAUCGACCGCAUGACUCUGACCACGACCGUGGAGAUGCCGGACUCGUUCUCCCCGGAGCUUCGGUCCCUGCUGGAAGGGUUGCUGCAGAGAGACGUGAACCGCAGACUGGGCUGUCUGGGCCGGGGGGCCCAGGAGGUGAAGGAGGACCCCUUCUUCAGCACCGUGGACUGGCAGAUGGUCUUCCUACAGAAGUACCCGCCCCCGCUGAUCCCGCCCCGCGGGGAGGUCAACGCUGCCGACGCCUUCGACAUCGGCUCCUUCGACGAGGAGGACACCAAGGGAAUCAAGUUGCUGGACAGCGACCAGGAGCUCUACCGCAACUUCCCCCUCACCAUCUCAGAGCGGUGGCAGCAGGAGGUGGCCGAGACGGUCUUCGACGCGGUCAACGCCGAGACCGACCGGUUGGAAGCCCGCAAGAGGGCCAAGAACAAGCAGCUGGGCCACGAGGAGGAGUACGCCUUGGGAAAAGACUGCAUCAUGCACGGCUACAUGUCCAAGAUGGGGAACCCCUUCCUCACCCCUUGGCAGCGCAGGUACUUCUACCUGUUCCCCAACCGGCUGGAGUGGCGGGGCGAGGGCGAGGCCCCGCAGAGUCUCCUGACCCUGGAGGAGAUACAGGCCGUGGAGGAGACCCUGGUCAAGGAGCGCAGGUGCCUCCUGCUUAGGAUCCGAGGAGGGAAGCAGUUCGUCCUGCAGUGUGAUAGCGACCCAGAGCUGGAUCAGUGGAAGAAGGAGCUGCGGGAAGCGUACCGCCAGGCCCAGCAGCUGCUGCAGCGGGUGCCCAAGAUGAAGGACAAACCGCGCUCACCCGUGGUGGAGCUCAGCAAGAUGCCACUGGUCCAACGCGGCAGUGCCAACGGCCUCUGACGCCCUGCCCAGCCCCGGCCUGCCCCAGCCUUUUGUAAACCUCUAAUUUAUUCGGUUGGAUUUUUAUUAAGUUUCCCGCCAAGCGGAAGAUGUUUUAUUUUAUAAUUAUUGUGAUUCCGCGGGCCCGGCUCCACCCUCCCGUCACCCACGCUGCCCCGGGCCCCGCCCCGCCUCCAGCCCAGCCGGCGGGACGGGGGGUACGGAGGACGGGGAGGAGUCUCCCUCGGCCAGCCGGCCUCGGCCACCGCCCGGCCCCGUCGGGAGGCGGGGGGGGUGGCUGGUGCCCCCGGCUCUCUGUGCCAACCGCGCCCUCCCCGUGCCGAGAAGCCACCCGCCCUGUCGGCCCCGGCCAGGCCCCUGAGGCCCGGCCCGGGCCGAGGCGUACGUGGAGAUGGUUGCCGGGCCCGGGGUGGGGGCCUGGACCGUCCCCUACCCCUCCUCCCCCCCUUCCAGCGUCCUGGGCCCCGCCCACCUUCCCAACCCCCAUCCCGAUUCCUGGGCCCCGCAGAGCGGACCCAGGUAGUGAGUGCCAAACGAUCCCCGCCCCCUCGAGCCCCAGGCCGGGCUCUGCCACCGUGCCAGACACGGGUGCGGCCCAGCCAGCUCCCAGAAGCCUGAGCCGGUCCCAGAUCGUCUACCCCGCCGGCUGCCUGCCGGGGGCUGUGCCCGCCCCCCUCCUCCUCGCCCCCAGCCCAGCCCCAGCCUUGCCCGCCGGCCCCAGUGUUCCCUGUGUCUGUGCCAACACCCAGCACCCGGGCGCUGCCCUCCGCUGCAUGCCCCCUGCCCGCGUCGUGCCACUUGUGCUCCGCGUGUGGUGUCUUCUGGGGGGCAGGGAGGGGCCCGGGUGGGCGCGGCCCUGGGCCCUCAUCCCGGGUCCUCCCCUCCUCCCUCCGCCCCCUGGUGCGUUUCUGCCGAUUUUUGAAUGUGAUUUUAAAGAGUGAAUUAAGACUGAGUUUUUAUAAAAAACAGCGCCUGGCU